GUGCGGGAGAGACAAAUAAAAUUUAUCAGUACGACGAAAAGUUUUAAUCACUCCUCAUUGUUUCACCACAUAGUCAAAAUCUACUGUCUCUAGUAUAUAUCACACAAGGCACAACCAACUAUAACAAAUUGUGGCAUUCCAAAGAAGGAAUUACUCGUGAAACUUCUUCAGUAACUCGAUUUCACUCAACCAUAGAUAUUGUUGGUUGAAUAUUUCUAGAUUAAAGGUCGGGAGUUGAGUGUGAGCUGAGGUAUCGAAUGUUUGGAAGUUUGAUCAAAGUUCAAAAUUUUCAAGAUUGUGGGUGAAAAAUACAGUCUGACGACUUACAAUAUUACUCCUUUCUCCAUUCAAGUGAAAUACUUUGCAAAUUCACGUCGACAUUCAUUGAGAAAACUCCCCCAAAUAAGAUACUCCCCUCAACAGUUACUGAUUGAAAAAUGAAGUUUUUAGGCUGAGAAAGUGAUGUCAUUCUUAACAUCUUUUCAUAUCGUCUUCAAACUGUAGCAGUUUUUUAUACACACACUCACAACUUCUUGCAUUUUCUCAAGUUUCUAUCAACACCGAGUCACACAUUAAAGUGCAAACAUGUGUAUUUUAUUCUUCAUUGCAACUACCAAUCCCACAUCUGAUGGAUACAAACUGAUAUUGGCAUCGAAUCGAGAUGAAUUUUACGGUCGUCCAGCUCUACCAGCAUCAAAAUGGACUGAAAGCCACCCACAUGUUUUUGGAGGACGCGACAUGGAACCAGGCCGUGAAGGUGGCACGUGGUUGGCACUUGGCUCAAAAAAUGGUGUGACAAAAAUAGGUGCUCUUCUGAAUAUUACAGGUGAAAAGAGAAAUCCAAAUGCUAUUGGUAGAGGACCGAUUGUCACAAAUUACGUCUCUGGUGAUCUUUCAAAUAGCAAAUAUUCGGAACAUUUGCUCCAAGAACAUGAAAUAUAUAAUUCAUUCAACUUAGUCUCAAUUGAAUUUGAUCAAUCAAGUGCCUCAAUAUUGCACACCAGUAACGCACCACCGGAGGCUUGUGCCUUCCCUUUGGACGAAGUUCACGGAUUCGGCAAUAGCCCCUACAUAAUUCCACUCCGGAAGGUAACUCAUGGCAAAGAGAAAUUUCAGCAUGUUGUUAAGUCGGCCGGAAAGCACAAUCUAGUGCAAGAAUUAAUGGAAUUCCUCAAGGACGACCAAAAGUACUGGCCAGACGAUGAAUUAACACGAAGAGCCCCCAGAUGGGCAGAGAAAUUGAGUUCAGUGUGUGUAAAAAUGCCCAUUGAGGGCUACGGCAGUCGCACUAGGACUGUUAUACUAAUUGAUGCGCAGAACUGUAUGGAUUUCUAUGAGGAAACUAUGGUGGGAACAGAUCCCGAUGGCGAAUGGAAACAAACCCAUAUUCAUCAACAAUUGUGACGAUAUCAACAUUUUGUAUUUCAUCCGGGGAAAUAUAAUAUAAUAAUAAAUUGUAGGUGAGGAAGAAAUUAAAGUUGAUUUGCAAUAAUAACACUUUUUUAAAAA